AUGGUGAUGCCCUUAUUCGAUGUCAUGGCAUUCCCUCAGAAGGACUUGUCUUUGGACGCUUGGGUCGAACAGGUGUCCUACAUAAACCACCAUGAUGAGUCCGCAACCAUGGGUGAGUUGCACAAGAUGUCAAAGUUCUUCUCUCAUCACAGCUAUGGGCCAUUUGCAGCUUGCAGGGGACAUUCGCUAGAACAUGCUGGGAAUUUCAUCUGCGACAAGUGGUACAAGGACUGGGGUCAGGUGAAUGGAGCACCUGCUCGAAACGCAUCUGCCUGGGUGGUUCGCACGGAGACGUUCCAGGUUGUGUUUGACAUGAGCAGGCCUGUGAAAGUUAAAGCAGCCGUGGCCCUCCUUAGCAUGUCCUUCACCGUGUGUAUUAUGCUAUGCUUCUCUAUAGCGCUCUCAUCAGUGGUUACCGAUUUGGCUGUCACCCCUCUGGAGCGCAUGCUCGGGACUGUGCGGGAGAUCGCUGCCACAGUGUUUCGGUUCAGUUCCAUUAUGAUUGGUCCGCAGGAUGAUCAUGAGGAGUCUGAGACUACUGAUAUUGACAACGCUGGUGAGAUGAUCUUACUGGAAAAGGUGGUCGAGAAGCUGUCGGCAAUUGCGGCAGUGCAUGCUAGCACUGAGCAGGUGUUGGACACGGAGGACAUGGAUGAGGAAGAUCUUGGUAUCCUCAGCAUGCUCCACGGCGAACAUGCGGGCAGAGCGAGUCUGCGAAGCCUCCCCCAGCUGGAUAAGGACAGAUCGCAGAGCCGUAUUCUGAGGAUAACCCCGGACUUCAGCCAAGACGUCCACGGGGUUGAUGAAGAGACUUACAACAGUCUGAGAUUCAAUGUGCUGGACCUCGCGCCGUUCCAGCUCAACAAGAUAACCUUUCAUGUCAUGUUCUCCCAUGCAUCCAGUGCUGCUAUUUUCUCGGGUGCUGACGGAGAAGAAGCGCUUCUCCAAACAUUCGUGUCCGCCGUGCACAAGGGCUAUCCCGAGAAUCCUUUCCACAAUUUCGCCCAUGCCGUGGACGUGCAAACCACGAUUGUAAAGAUGUUAAAGCUGACAGAGGCAGAAGAUUUCCUGAGCCAUCUGGAACAGUGCUCCCUAUUGGUUGCAGGGCUUGGGCAUGACCUCGGACAUCCCGGCCUCAACAAUGGCUUUCUUUCGGAGGUGGGCCACGAGCUUGCAAUCAAGUACAAUGAUCGAUCACCUUUAGAGAACAUGCACUGUGCCGUACUGUAUCAGCUCCUGGCGAGACCGGAAACAGAGCUCUUUGGCUCUUUGAGCGACGAAGAUUAUAAGGAGGUUCGGCGCAUCUGCGUAGAGACCAUCUUGCACACGGACAUGGCAUGCCACCAGAACAUGGUCAAAGAUCUCAACCUCCUAUACCAAAUACAUGACGAGGCCCUGCGGCAGUCAGCUGCUCCCCAGCCAUCACGGGUCACCAGCAGACAAACAAUUUCAAAACCCGGAAGAAGGCGGAGGAGUAUGUUGGAAGGUGCAACGGAUCCUUCUCAGAUCUUCGCAGCGCCAGAGCACAAAAUGCUGGUGAUGGAGUCACUGCUGCAUUCGGCCGAUGUGUCAAACCCAGCACGCGAGUGGCCCGUGUCGCGUAUGUGGGCAGAGAAGUGUCUCGAAGAGUUUUUCGCUCAAGGUGAUCAGGAGCGCAGCCGUGGCAUUCCGGUGCAGUUCCUCAACGAUAGGCAGAAGUUGAAUCGUCCAACAUCGCAAAUUGGCUUCAUAGAGUUCAUGAUUGCACCACUCUUCGCUGCGCAGAUAUGGCUUUGGCCGAAUCUCUUCGAAUAUGGUUCCUGCUUGUCUAUGAACAUUGGCAUGUGGCAGGAGCUGUGGGAAGAAGAGGCAGACCCAUCGGAAGAUGAACUGGAGAAGGUGACAUCCAGGGUGGACCAGGUGCAAGAGACAUUGUCUUGCGCUGCCAUGCGAAUCGCAUCCUGA